UGUAUCUUUAUAUUUUAUAUAUAUAUAUUUUAUAUAUAUAUAUUUCUCUUUUCAUCAUCAUCAUGCAUCUUUAUACAAAGCAUGCCACUCUCAUCAAUAACUGUUAUCCUGAAAAAGAAGGCGAAAAAGGCCCUCGAUCUUCAGAGCUGAGCUAUUUAAUGUUUUAUGCUAGUUCAAGACCUGUCAAACUAACCAAAGUAGGCUUGUUUCUUGAGAAAAAAGCUGAGCGUGAUGCCGUUAAGGGCAGAAAACAAAACAACCAAGUGUCUUUAGAAAUCCUCAAGUCGUUGAUUGAAGCUUGUCAUCGAGACCUUAAUUUGUUCUCGAAACAUGUAGUGAAAAUUAUCGAUAUGAUGGUCGAAACAAAAGAUAUUGAUAUCAUUGAUCUUGCUUGUCAAGUGUUUGUGAUUUUCACUAGUUAUCAUGAUGGCUCCACUUUGGGUGUGGAUACUGAAUUCACAAGAGAUUAUGAAGACCUUUUAAAGAAAUUUGCUGGGUUUUGUUCGUUUGAUACAAGUGAUGAUACAUUGCAACUACAAAUGCGAUACAUUGGCCAAAGAGCAUUACAAGCUGCAGUGACAUCCACUGCACUUCAGGCGUCUAAUUUUAAAGUUCAGCUGGAUAUCAUCCUUUCACCACUCAUUGUCACAUUAGCCAACUCAAAAAACCCAGCUGAUGCUUUGGCUCAAAGUGAGGAUGUGGAUAUCAAACAAUCAGCCAUAGGUCAUGAAACACUCAAUACACAUUCUGUUGAUAUCCUGGCAGCAAAGACAAUAGCUAUUUUGUUUAGCAAGAUCAAUGGUGUUGCUGUCAAAUUAUCCUUGAAUCCUUUAUUCAGCUUUAUGGAUACACAUCAAACAUGGUGGCCUACUACAUUUGCUGUACCCAUGAUGGAAUUAGCCUUGAAUUCACUUCAGCCUCAAUAUCGAUACCUUCUUGUGCCUGAAAUACUACUUCAACUCGAGAGCAUAAAAUCAAGCAGUCAUGAUCAACCUACGAUGAAAAAGCAUGCAUCGCUUGUAUCGAUUUUAGAUACCAUACUCGAUGCCAACAUACCUCUUGUUGGUAUCUCUGUUCUUGAAGUAUUGAAUUCACUCUUUAUUCACUUGGUACAGUCAGUACAAGACUUCAAGGUAUUUCUACGAGAAAAACCAAGUGCAUCAGAAUACAUGUUGGUAUAUGCGAUCCAACAUGGAUUAGCACACAGUAUUGGUGGUUUAGCUACACAGACCUAUUACCUGAACCAAUUGAACGAUAUCACAGGCUACUUGAUUGCCAAACUCAAAGUAGGCAACACAGCCACAAGUCUGGAUGGAUUGGCCAUGAAAGACUACCGUAGCGUUGUCUUGGAAUGUUUAGAUUUAGUGAUGACAGCCUCUUCUGUUCAAGAAAAAGUCAAGGAGGAUACAGAAAGCCAUCAUGAAAGUAUGUCUGCCUAUAGCAGCUCUAUUACGUUGGAUGUCUGGACACCCGCACUAGGCUUGUUGACAGAGAAAGAACUUCAAACAAGAGUCGAGUUUGGUGCUCUUUUGGUCCAUUAUUUACAGGCAACCGGUGAACCUGUUAUUGAGUUAGAGCCUUACCCUAAACAUACCUUAAACCAACAUGGUGAUGUGAUGCUUGUCAAUAGCCUUCAUCAGUCUAUCCUUGACUGGGUUCAAUUGGAAAAUCUCGGUGUUCGAGACAUGGUUGUGAUCCGUGAUAUCUUGUCUGCCUUGAUUCGUCGAUUUGGUGCAGAUGAGACGAUUAAAGCCGUGCCUUUGAUUUUCAAGCUGCAGGAACUUGUGGAACAAGGUGUGAUUCAAAACACGGAUCGUCAAAAGGCAGUGGCUGCCCUGGUGAUUGAAUGGCUAGCUAUGGUAGGCGAGUUCUACCAUAUCGAUAGCUUGAUUGAAUACGCAGGCCAGUUGAAACAAGAACGCAUGGACUCAAAUCAAUACUCAACCGUGUUCUCGGACUCAGAAAGUCAUACGUCAUUUGAAGAAGACACCACAGGUGUCAGUCUAUUUGUUGAUCGAAAGACGGUUGUUAAUAUGCUGUCGAAUGACGGGCCUUUAAGAGACGAAGAAGAUACAGAAGGAAUAGAACUAGAAACCAAAUUGAUGGAAGCAUGGGGAGCAGCUAUUCAAGAAAACCAUGAUCGAACAUUCAGAAUAAGAACUUCUCGCAACUUGAGUGAUUUAAAAGCCAAGCUGGCCACGCCUUGGACGAAUCUGGAAUUAAGCCGUGAUGAACAAGGCAAGAAACAAACGAUUCGGGUAGAGAACUUGAAAGAUGCUUUAUUGGGUCAAAAUAAUGACAACCUUGCCAAAAAAUCAUUUGAGAGUACGCAAGAUAUGACAUUACUUCUUCAAUCGCUUUCUUUAGGCACACAUGUUCAUAACACUACUUCUCUUGUCAACCCUCCUUACAAAUAAACAGAGUAGUUUCAACACAUAUGUAAUGCUUCUUUUUAGAAGCCGUAUUUAAAAGAUAUGAACUGAAAGAUAUUGUUCUUCAAAGCUUGAGACGC